GGUUUUGGUAGCUAGCUCCGUGAGAGAGUUGCCCAUGAAAAAAAGAAAUGGUGAUUAAACUGCUUAACCCAUCGACUAAGAACGACGCUGCAUUCAGCGACGUUCCGUCGGUGGCAUUGGUGGGUGGAUGGAUGGACGGAUUAGCUCUGGUUGGCUUGGCAAAAUUUUGAGUUCCCGAGCGACACACACUGUCGCUCUCGCGGUAGUAAGAUUCGUUCCUUUGUCCAGUCUCGUUGGUACUCUUCUGCGUCUGUGUCUCCGAUCUUGCGUCUACAAGGCGGCAACGACGGCGUCCUCCUCCUCGUCCUCCAGGUCCUCCGGCGCCUCCCAGGGAAGCAGGAGGCCGUUGUAGGAUUCCUCGAGGUGCGGGUUUCGCCGGGGCGACAUGACCGUCAGCGUCUCCGACUGGCGGUCGACCCCGAUGACCUGGGGGACCGUCCGGCUGCAGUGGCGGGACCACAGGCCAAAGGCGUUGCUGCCCGUGUUGAGCAUCAGGAUCUCGUCGCCCUCCUCGAAGCGGGGCAUCAUGACGUGCUGCUGGAGGUAGUCUCCGGCAAAGCAGAGGGGACCAGCAAUGUCGGUGAGUUCCUGGGGCCGGUGGGCGGCCUCGCCGACCGGCAAAAAGUCCAUCCCGCGGUUCUUGCCGGUGUAGAUGUCCCUCAGGAACAUGUCGGCACCCAGGUGUAUGUAGGCCACCCGCGUCUGCUCGCGCUGAAGCGUGUAUUCGAUCUGGCUGUAGGCGUACCCACUGUAGAAAUAGGACCACUGGCCAAACUCGGUGACCAGCUUCAUCUCGUCAAAGAGGGCCGGGGCGGCUUUUUUGAGCUGGUUGACGUAGUACUGCAUCCUCGAGAGGUCGGCUCCGUAGUCCGAGUUCUCGUCCCCGAGGAUUUCCGGGCGGAGGCCCCCGCCAAUGUCCACACCGACGAUGCGGCGGUCGAUGCCCUUGGCCUCGAGCAUGGCGUUCGCUUCCACUCCAAAUUCGACGACGCUCUGGAUGGCACCGACGGCGACCUGGAGGUCCUCCAUGGCGGUUCCCGAGUGGACGUGGAGCUGCGUGACGGGGUACUUGGCAAUGGCGUCCAUGAUGUCCUCCUUGCUGCAGAUGGGCGUGCCGAACUUGGACUCGUUGCCGCUGACCUGGAAGAUCUCCGGCGUGCCCGUGUCGACCAGGGGGUUGAUCCUCAGUCCGACCACGAAAUUGGGGUUUUCCGGGAUGCGCUCCAGCUCCUCGAGGGAGUUGACGUUCAGAAGAAUGCCGUGGAGCUGCGGGUUCUCGUGACAGAUGCGAAUCUCGUGCUUGGUCUUGACGGGGGAGUCAAAGACGAUCUUUUCCCCCGGGCAGCCGGCGUUCAUCGCCAGAUAGACUUCUUCCAUUGAGGCGCACUCCAAUCCAAAGCCCCAGGCGACCAGCUGCCGCAGGAUGGCAGGAUGGGGAUUCGUCUUGACGGCAAUGGCGUGCAGGGCGUUGGGGUGGUCCCCAAAUACCUCCAUGAGAUGGGUCAGGUAUUUUCGGUGGGUCGUCCAAGAGUGGAAUAUCAGGGCCGUGUCUUCCGGCCCGACCAUGUCUCGUUCCUUGGCCUGUUCGAGGGCCCAGAAGGCUUCUUCCUUGGUCGGCAAGACGCUGCUGUUCGUGACCGACGACAUGGCGCGGUGUGAAAUUCGGUGGCUGCUUCGAACAAAGGGGGAGGGCGGGGCUCGGCGGUUCGAAACGAGGGUUUCGCGGGUUCGUUUCGAGGGAGACGGCGACGGAAAAGAGGCAAAGGCCGAUAGCGCGCGUGAACUGUGGCUGAGGCUGAGACUUCGACUGCUGCUGCUACUUAUCAAUGCGGACGAUCUUGCCGUAAAUAGUUUGCUCAACAUAAUCGGUGGCUUUGGAGAUAUUGGAGGGAAAACAGGCCUUUCGGAGAACGGUCUGCUUUUGGUGGGUGGGUGGGAUCGGCGUUUGCUCUUUGCCGUGGUCUGCUUCGAUUUUUGUGCAGAAUGGCUUUGUUCGGCAAGGAUUCGGUCUUCGUAGUGAUACAGUACUUUCUAAUGCUGUCGGCGUUUGCUAUUCCUUCUGAUGGAUGAAUGUCCGUUGGGGAGGACAGAUGCUGGAUGGAUUGGGAUGCGGUGGGGUUCUUGUCAAAACGAGCCAAUGAACGAAAUGCCCGUCUUCUGCUUUAUGGGAAAAUUUUGCGCACACGGCCAAUAAAAUGACGCAGUUUCG